AUGUCCGAGAGCAACGCUUCACCACGAGACGAGUCGCAACAAGCGCCGGCGCUUUCAAGACGUCGAAAACCCCGUCCGUCUCGAGGCAAAGGUCUUCGUGUAACUACAGGAUGUAUCGUGUGCCGAACCCGUCACAUGAAAUGUGACGAGAAGCGACCGACAUGUUCGGCUUGUGUCAAGAGCAAGCGCGAAUGUAUCUAUGGCACGACUCGCGAACCUCAGCGUAGAACAGACUCACCCGCGAUAAAUUCAGCCGCCGUCAAUUCGCCUCCAGUAACACAAGAACCACGACAUGGCAUUCAACUUCCAGAAAUCAACAACUCAAAUUUGCAGCCAAACCUGGGUGCAGAUCAACCUCGACCAGGCGAAGUCGGCAGAGCACUUCAUUUAAUGCAACCGGGCAUCAACACUACAGGUUUUGGAACACAAUUUGACGGACCACAAACAUCAAGUCCUCAAUCUAGCCUCAGUGGAGGUGCCGCUUAUCCUGCCGAUGUUGCACCUCUUCGCUGGUUUGGUCUUCUAGCAGGAGAUGCGACAGAUGCAGAUUUGAGCUUUAACCCAGUUUCACCAAAUAUUCCAACACCGCAAGCUAUCACAUCCAGUAGUACUGCUCCAUUCACUGCUCCGUACACCAGCGGAAACUUUGUACGCCAGCCAAGUCUGGUUCAGGGAUCCUAUGUUGCCUCCAUCAUACCAAAUGAAGUGGUGACCUUGUCGGAGGUCGAAGUUCUCUUAUUCCGAUACUUCGUCACAACCUUGAGCCGAUGGAUCGAUUUGACUGACCCUCAUCGUCAUUUUUCGGUCAUGGUACCACACCUCGCUCUGCGUAAUCAAGGCCUAAUGAAAGCUAUACUUGCGCUUUGCGCACGGCAUCUGUCGAUCAAACCGCUGCCUGAUCUCGCUCCGGAUCGUACACUGGCAGUACAGUAUUACUUUGAGACAUUACAGUACCUUCAACAAGCCAUGAGAAGCGAAGCCUAUCUUCGGAGUGAGGAGCUUCUCGUGACUACCGUCAUCAUCUCUACCUACGAAAUGAUAGACGGAGAGGCCAAAGGAUGGGAACGACAUCUUGUCGGCGGCUUCUGGAUACUGCGUUCCCGAGAGAUCAAUGGUGAGUCCGGCGGCCUCAACCAAGCGCUCUGGUGGGCAUGGCUUCGACAGGACACAUACGCCGCUUUUCGUGAAGGUCGCAAAGUCUUGAGUUUCUUCAAACCCACAAAGCCGUAUUAUGCCAUGGAUCACUGGGAUAUCGCUGCUAGAUGCGUUUACUUACUAGCCCAAUGCGUCAACUACAGCUCGGAAGAGGAGAUCGAAGCCGGCAAGUCUGAUUUGAUAAUGCGACUGGCAAAAUCAGAAGAGCUAUCCACAAAGCUGGAAGAUUGGUAUCAACAUCUGACCAGCCACUUCAAUCCAUUGCCUUGCAUCAAUACCUCCCAAGGUCCUUUCAAACCAAUCUGGAUACAUCCUCCCGUCUUUGGGGCUGGACUUCAACAAUAUCAUUUUGCGAAGAUUCUCCUCCAGAUCUGCACUCCUGCUGCUGGUGGCUUGAAGGAGUAUGUCGCGCGAGAGCGCGCGUUGAACGAGUCCAUUGAUGUGAUCUGCGGCAUCGCCAUGGCAACAGAAGACGACGCGGCUAUUGUCAUAUCCACGCAGUGUAUCUUUGCGGCUGGUUUACAUACUCAAGAUCCGGCCAAGAGGACUGCCGUGAUGGAUCUGAUUUCGAAACACCAAGCUCGCACUGGUUGGCCUGUCCACGACCUUCGUAUGGACUUACAGGCGGAGUGGAGCAAGACUGAUAAUCCAUCAUGA